CAUAAAAACUCUUUAGGAAACACCUGAAGCUCCAGCUGUGACCCACAUCCACCUGAACGCGUCUCUUCCGCCUUCCUCCUCCUUCAGGUAGGGUGGAGCUGUUUGCACCUGGACUCUGCAACACAACAAAGUGGAGAGCGAUUCGAGGAUUCAAUAAUGGCCUUAUAGACAAACUUUGGUAGUUUUCAUCGAUUUUAUAUUCACGGGUGACGUAAAGUGACGUAAGGUGACGUUAUGAGCCAGCCGCCCCGUUCAAACCGGGGUUUGAACGGGGCGGGGGAUUCGAUUCGAGGAUUCAAUAAUGGCCUUAUAGACAAACUUUGGUAGUUUUCAUCGAUUUUAUAUUCACGGGUGACGUAAAGUGACGUAAGGUGACGUUAUGAGCCAGCCGCCCCGUUCAAACCGGGUACACCGGGAGAGAAACGGAGACCACCGAAACUACCGGGACUCACACGGUGACAGACCUUCAUCAUCCGACAGGUCUUCCUCUCGACCCCCGUACUACCCAAGAGAAGCUGACUCCCCUCCAAAGCAUCAUGGUCGGGACGUCCCUCGAGUGGAGCACCAUGACUCCCAAUGCACAAACAUUUGCUCCCGGAGAGGCAUAGUGCUGAUCUGUGCUGUUCUGACCAACGCCCUGGUGCUGAUCUGCGUGGUUGCGGCUCAGAUGGUGACAUCAGGCUUGUCCGCCAUGGGCGGGCUCGGUGGCUUCGACAUCAACUCCAACUUCAACCUGCAGGGCACGGAGCUGCAGAAGGCACGAGAUCUGGACAUGCAGUACAGCCAGAUGAGGGCGCCGGGCAUCUACGGCGGCAUUGCCUUCAGCCUGACGUUUGGCGUCCUCUCCUUGCUGUUUGUGGUCGCCGGGAACAAACCGGCCCAUGUGAUGUCCAAAAAGCUUCUGUAUGGAUCUCUGGUGUUUCAGGCGGUGGGUGCGGUGAUGUAUGUGGUGGCUGUGGGGCUCUACCUGCACUUCAUCAUCAGGGUAAACUCUACAGACGUUUGUCAGCAGCGCGAGAGGCUGUACUCACGCAGCGGCUACACCUGGAUGAACUGUGAUGUAAGCGGGGCGGACGCAGCCGUGGCGCUGUUCGGACUCAUCACCGCCAUCCUGUACACCGCCGGCACGGUGUUCACCGUCCAGACGAUCAGAGGAGUGAAGCGUUAUCUGCAGGAGCGGAAACGCAGAGAGGCGGAGAAGCAGCAAGCCAGAGCCAACCCUCAGAGAGCGCCACUGAGGGCGGAAACCACCGCCGUGUGAGGGGCCUUAAAGCGCACAACCAGAGAGCCUGUAUGACAAAAAACACGAGAGUGUUCACCAGCUGUCUCUGGACCUGACGGAUGUCGUCUGGUAUCAUGAAGCCAGCUCAUUUGAAACGAUUACGCACGGCUAACCUGCUCGGAUUCUGUUCAGAGCAUCGUGAGCAGAAGUUUACAACAAUGUGAAUAUAAAGUAAUCAAGUGAAGUUUUACAUUACUUUAAUCUCUAACUCUAAUCCAUAAGAGAAGCCUUUGUUUUUACUGUAGCAUAGAGGGUAGGUGCAUUUAGAUAUAUGAUUUAUUUGUUAAAGUCACUCAGGAUGGAACGCAUCCUAAUCAGGUGCCUUUUAUUUUAAAGCAGCUGGGACAAAAUUCUACCUGUCCGUUGGACGUCUGAAACAGGCAGAUCAUCAAGCUUUUAUAUAUAGUAUAUGCAAUCCUGAAAAUUUCAGGACAGUCUGCCCCGUGAAAUCUUCCUGACUUGCUUGGAGGAGGAAGGACAUGCCAUGACACAGAAAGGGUGGACGAAGAAACGGCACCCAAAGCUAUAAUUAAAGAUUUUACCUUGAUAUCAGUCCUGAAUGUAAUUGGACGUAUUCACAGUACCAACAAAUCUGGGGUUAAGGACAUUCAUGAGAGCAGAACAGAGUAUGAAGUCGUGUGAUGUAAACUUCAUCACAGGGAAUUUCCUGAACACUUCCUGCUACAUUCCCACAUGGACUCACCCUGACUUCAUGCAGACCUCUUACUGGGGGUGUGCAGGUCAGACAAACUGCAGGUAAAGUCUGGGUGAAACAAUCAACUGUUUGAGUUCACAUGUACGAGUGCAAAAAACAAAACUGAUAGGAGACCCUGAGAUUGAACCAGAACCCUCUGGAGGGGUUAAAUGUCUCAUCCUGCCAGUGUACACUUUAUUAUAUACCAGAUGUCUCAACCUCAUAAAAUUCUAACAGGAUUCUUUGAUUGCAUUUCCACCCAUUUUUUGUUUUCCUGCAUGCAGUCAAAGCGUGCUCGAGUGUGAUCGUUUGAUAUCACUUGAACUAAAAACAGACCAAACACACUUCCAGUAUCAACAGAUUCUCUAACAGGCAGAAUCUGUUUAAAGACACAAGGACACUGUAGAGGCAAUCUAAUAACCACAAAGGGCCACUGGAGGAAACUUGAAAGAAUUUCCCAAAAAAAUAAUGUCAGUUGUAGAAUACGUUUUAGAGAUGCACCAAUCCACUUUUUCAGUUCCUAUCCGAUUCCGAUACUGAUUCCGAUAUUUUUAUUAUCAUAACUAAUAGUUUUAUGUGUGAGGCUGGCUUCACAUACUAACAGGAAGCAGCAACAACUGUCAGGUUUUUCAAAUUCAACCUUUUAAACUGAAGUAUAAGAAUUUGACUUUUUUAACAUACAGAAGGAGCGUUUCAAUCUGGUCUGAUCGUCGUCAUGGAGAUGAUUAUGUGGACACUUCUUUACAGUUCAGUCUGAACGUCUUCAGAGUGAGACUGUGCGAGCUGAGGAUGUUUAAAGAGCCCAACCAUUGAUUUUGAUCUGUGACGUUGAGUUAGGGUUCCUGAUUCCCUGUUCACCUAUGACUCCUUUACUCGCUGCCUGUGGCUGUGGUUACCGUCUAUGCUCGGGUGUGCAGGUGACGUAGCAGCGGAACGGAAGCAAUGUUUACCUGACGUACCACACACAAUUACACGUAAGAAUCUCUCUGUGGAGUUUCAGGAGCUCUGUGAUAUGUCCCGAUUGAAUGUAAAAGAAACAUUUUUUAACAACCGUGUCUCCAGGCACUCCGACACUAACACGCCAAUAAAUGAUCCUUCCUCAACUCGGGGUCAUCAGUACCCAGCGGAUCAAAGGAAGCCAGGUUAAGAUGUAACUGGCUCUGUGAUUCAGACCUUUAUUUUAUUGUAAGUGAAUGUUUGUGUGUUCAGAGAUGUUUUUCUGAAUGUGUGUGAUUAAUGU